UGCCGAGUGUUGGGCCAUAUUAUAAUGUGCAACGGAGUUAGCUAUGACAGUGUUGUAAAGGCGAUAGAAGUGAAGGAAACGAUGGACAAACUGGAACAAUUAAAUCCGAAGCACGAGGAAUUACCUUUAAUUAAAGGACUCCUAUAUUAUCAUGUUUCUGCUCCAAAUUGGUUCCUCAAACAGCUUCUUAAACGCUUAUGUGGAACGAAAUUGAAAGAACUGAUAAGCGGCGCCAGUUAUAAAAAAUCACUUGCUAACCUUACCAAGUACACAAAGGACAGUAUGGAGUGGAGUUAUGCUAUGGCCAAGUCUCAUUUAAAAUUUAUACCUUAAA